AUGAACUAUCACUAUUUAGCUUUGCUAGGACUAGCUUUUGCUAUUAUACUCAUCAGACUGAUAAUUCAUUAUUAUUUCUAUAAUAAAUUUGUUAAUUAUAAAUAAAAUAAGUAAGUAUCGACCUUUUUAAUACUAAUAUCAAUCUUAUAAUCCCUCUAUACUUAUCCAACACUCCUAACUCUCCACCCUCAAGUCGCUAAAUCCACUUUAUCUGAGCUCGAUUCCACACCCUAUGGAAAUUUACUUCUCAAUACUAUCGAUCUUCAGCUUUCUGCUUCAAAAUCUCUAUCAUCCUCUGAAGACCUCCUCUCCCAAAUAGAAUCCAUGCUAACCUCCUACCUAAAGACAUCAAAAAGCUUAUAUUCAAAGCAUGAUGAAAUGUGUAAAAGACACUAUGAUAGCUAUUUAGCUAUAAUUGACAAAGCCCAGGCUAAUAUUGAGAAUUCCCAGAAAAGGAUAAACGUCAUCAUUCCACUACUAGGAGACGCUGCUACUUAUGUGCCUGAAAAGGAACAAGAAGUUGAGCAGGCUAAACGAUGGUCAGAAACUGCAUGGGAAGAAGUCGAUAAAGAAAAAAUCCGGUUUGCUGAAAGAGAGCAUAGCUACGAAAUUUCAAUUGAAGGCUGCGACAAAGCUCUUGGGCUGAUAGAGACUCUUCAAAGUAACCCUAGUUUUACAUUAGGGGAGUCUUCAAAAAUUGCAAGCUCCCUCUUGCAAGUCAGCAAAAGUUUCGAUGAGAAUUCUAAAGAAGAAUUAUCACCGCUUAUAAAAGUCUUAAUAGAGCUUUCAGUUACCCAUGAAAAUAUUUCAAAUCCAAACAACCUUGAAAAAAUCAGUGAACUUCUAAAAGACCUAAAAAAGGACUUUGAAGACUCAAUGGCAUUAAAUAAAGAAAAUCACGAAAAAGCAAUAAAAGGUGCUAUUGCUUAUGCUGAUGAAAAAAGAUAUACUUAUCAGAACUUGAAUAGGCAAGAUAAUAUUAUCCUUGAUAACCAAGUAAAGCUCCAACAAGAAAUGUACAAUGAGCAAUUAAAAAUUGAUGCAGAAACUCGUACCAGAGAAAACGCUGAAAAAAAGUUGGAAUUGUUAGAACAGUGGUGCCAGGCUGAAGACUCAAAGGCAAAACUUCAAGAAAAAAGCAUAGAAAGCGAACUGGAAAUUUGUUUGAAUUUGAAAGAAAUCUCAAGUCAGCUUGAAGCUGAUACGACUAAUUUUUUAAAUAAUAGAGUAAGAUAA